CAGAGCUAUGCGUAAUAUAUCAAGGGAAGAGGUGCUGUUGACAGACGGGGGUCGGGGCGGUUAGCUCAUUCGUUAGACUUUAAAUACAUUGACAGACUUACAUUCCACAGGAGGACAACCGCAGUGAGGACUGCUUAUACCUGAACGUGUGGCAGUCUCCCUCUCAGCCGCACGAUGGCGCUGUUAUGGUGUGGAUCCAUGGGGGAGGGUUCAUAACUGGUUCUGCCACCAAAUGGGGUUUGGCGGGACAAUUUCUGGCUGCCACGGAACACCUUCUGGUCGUCAGCAUGAAUUACCGGCUGGGGGCCCUGGGGUUCCUGGCCCUCGGGACGGACGAUGCCCCAGGGAACAUGGGACUGCUGGACCAGCAGCUGGCCUUACAGUGGGUACAGGACAACAUAGAGAGGUUCGGGGGGAACCCGGACAGGGUGACCAUUUUCGGAAGAAGUGCAGGAGCAGCCAGUGUCCACUUCCACCUCCUAUCCCCCUCCAGCAGUGGUCUGUACCAGCGCGCCAUUCUACAGAGCGGAGCGGCCUUCUGCAACUGGGCCCUUACACCGAGGGACGCCGCCAUGGCCCGAGGGCGCGCCCUCGGCUCCGCCCUGGGCUGUCGGCAGCCCGAGGUCCAGGACAUGGUGGCCUGUCUGCAAAGUCGUUCUGCGGAGGACAUUGUGAACAACCAACCACAGGCUCUUUUGGAUUUUGGUUUUACCCCGGUGGUUGAUGCGAAUUUUCUGCCCUCUCACCCGUCAGAUAUGGCCGAAGAACGCCCCCCUCCCACUGUUGACGUCAUGGCUGGUUUCACAACCAAUGAAGGUUCUUUGUUCACAGCUAGGGAAACAUCGCUGGGUUUCAACCGUUCAACGGACAGUUUCAUCAACAAGAACCAGUACAUCAAAACUAUCCAAGCGCUCCUGCCGACUCUGAAUGAGUUUGGAAUCGACGCCGUGGCGUUUGAGUACACGGACUGGCGAGGCCUGGACAACCCGGCAGUGUACCGGGACGCCGCGGAGAACAUGGUCGGGGAUUACUCCUUCAAGUGCCCGGUGAUAGAAGCCAGCCUUGCACGUGCUCGUGUCGGCGGGAAGGUGUACAUGUACCAGUUUAACCACGUCGUAUCAAAUCUGCCACCGUCGUCGUGGACUGGAGCAAUGCACAGUUCCGCCUCCUCCUUGGUCUUCGGUUUGCCCCUGAAUCCGUCUGAGAAUUUUACCCAGGAUGAAGAUAGACAGUCGAGGAAAAUGAUGCGAUUCUGGACCAACUUUGCGAAGACAGGGGACCCCAAUGAUCCUGGGACCGAGACGUGGCCACCCUACAACCAGACGGACCAGUCUUACAUCGUGCUGGACACACAGCCGGUCCGAGUUGCGCAGUGGCCCAGGACCAGGCCUUGUGCCUUCUGGCGGGAGUACCUCUGGCAACUGCAGGAACAAACAGAUGCUAGCAGCGCCACCACCACCCUUCCCGCCAUCCUCCUGCUCCUCAGCAGUGUCACCGGUCUUCUUCUGUUUGCGUAGAUUCGUCCUGCUACCGACGACGUCAUCAUCACCGACGUCAUCACCGACGUCAUCACUGACGUCUCACCAACGUCAUCACCGACGUCAUCACCGACCAUCGCCUUCCCCGUCAUCCCAACUGCUGCCAUCCGAACCGGAAGUGGAUCAAGCGACCCGGAAGAAAAAUCAACCGUCGUAACAGACGUCAGAUGAGACGUCAGCCUUAGAGAAAGUCGGUUCAUUUGAAUGUCUGAUAACUUGUGUGACUGAUGAUUUAGAAAUACGUCUCAGCUCGAUCGAAGCCAAAGUUGGCCACUUGUGCAUAUGUGUGCAGGCAUUCCAACUCUAAGUGUACUAAAUGCGUGCCCUGUAUACAUUGUUUAUCAAACUUAUUUGAAAUAUUUCCCAACGGAGAGUUGCUUAUUAAACUCAUUUGAAAUAUUUCUC